GAUGUGCGAAUCACGGCCAACUGAAGCCCGACGCAAAGGCGAACACGGUUGUAGCGGCAAAAGGCGAUCACGCCAUGCACAGCAGCCAUUUGAGACGCGCCGCGUCUCACUUCACAGGAUUGCGUCGGCUUCCGAGUGCGCAGACUUGGGUGACCGCUGUGUGUUGGGCGUGCUGGGCAUCCGAUUGUGGUUCACCAUGAAUCCGAGCUGCGACGAGUCAAACCCUGGUGCGAACAGCGUGCUUCCUUCGGAGGAUGAGCCUCCGACAGUGGACGGGGACCCCGGGGCACCUAACCAAAGCGGGAGUCCCGGAGAAGAGCUGCGUAACAACACGCGCGGCCGCUCGAGAUCCUGGCCGUGCAAUGUCUGCUCCAGAAACUUCAAAACCCGAUGCGCAAUGCGCGACCACGUGCUCACACACGAGAACGAGAAGCCGCACUGCUGUCGCGUGUGCGGCAAAAGGUUCGCCCGGCAGAAAUACCUCACCAACCACAGCCGGAUUCACACGGGAGAAAAGCCGUACCAGUGCGACGAGUGCGACCGAAAGUUCGCCUGCGGGACGGACCUCGUGAGGCACGCCCGCACCCACACGGGCGAGAGGCCGUACAAGUGCGCAAUGUGCCCCUCGGCGUUCUCCCGGAAGAACUCUCUCAACUGCCACCUCCUGAUGCACACCGGUCAGAGACCGCACCAGUGCACCACGUGCGGGCAAUGCUUCAGGAUGGCGCACCACCUCACGUACCACGUGCGGAUCCACACGGGCGAAAAGCCCUACCGCUGUCCCACGUGCGACAAGAGUUUCUCUCAGAAGAAGUACCUCAGCAGCCACGCUCGCACACACACGGGGGAAAAGCCGUACCGGUGCGACGAGUGCGACCGCAGGUUCGGCACCAGAGAGGACGUCGCGAGGCACACUCGAACGCACACGGGCGAGAGGCCGUACAAGUGCACGACGUGUUCCUCGGCGUUCUCGGAGAAGGGCUCUCUCAACCGCCACGUCUUGACGCACACCGGUCAGAGGCCGCACCGUUGCAACACGUGCGGGCAGCGCUUCAGAAUGCCGCAUCACCUCGCCUACCACGUGCGGAUCCACACGGGAGAAAAACCCUACCGCUGUCCCGUUUGCGAGAAGAGGUUCACCCAGAAGACGAGCCUUACGACUCACGCCCGCACGCACACAAAGAAGUAAGCCGUAACACCUGCACCGGUCUUCGGCCUCUUUCUCACGGAAGGACUGCCCGACUACUCGAAUUCUGACGCACACCUCCGAAAAGUCACAUCAGCGCUACAUGUUCCCCAAAAGGUUUCCUCCGCUGGCAGCCGCUGUGGGUCACGUGCUCGAACACUGUGUUAGUGCGCCUAGCGAAAGGACGUGGCCAGCAAUGAGGUUCCCUCGCCGGGCAGUUCGUACGAAGGCGCGCCUCCGGAGCCAGCCACAAGUGUGCUACAGUGUGACAAGAACCAGAACUGGCCCAUCAGAACCCGAUCCGUUUCGGGUGGAGCCUGUGAUACGGUCUAAUAACGAUGUUUCCGCAUUAGUCCUCAGCAUGUUGUGGUACCGUCUUGAGAUUGCCCGGAUAAGAGUUGGGUUUCGCCCUGACGUAGGGCUGUGUACUGGACCUUUAUACACCACUAUUUCGAAAAUUUGUGCAGAAAGUUUUUGUGAGCUUUCCUUCAAAAUGAUGUUCAAUGUCGUUACUUGAAUUUUUACUUUAUACGCUGCUUGCAUUUCGUUUCGGCACUAAAUAAAAGUUUUUGAGCGAA